UUUCACCUUWAUAGCAAUUUUUUUUAUGAUAUAGAAGUUGAAUAUUUAAUGUUAAAAUUGUAUACGGACUAAAAAUCGGUAGUCGAUAGUAAUUCGUAUAUUAUUAUGUUGGUUCUAAUAGACGUACCGUAUGGCAUGUGAGUUGAUUAUUGCGAUUACUAUUUAUUUUUCUAUUAUUUAUAUAGUAUGUACUAAUGUGAAUAGAGAAUUGUAUACUUAUUUUUAUUGAAACUUGCCUGYUUCCGUACCAUCAUUGUACAGGUAAUAAUAAGCCAAUAAUAAAUUACUUCAGACGAUGUGCAGAAAAUAUUAUUUAUGAAGUGACUUCUUCAGACUUCAAAAAUGGAUAAUGAAAAUAGUUUUAUGGCAUUGAUUUAUUUUUUGGCAUUUAUUCUAUUGGUUUUAUGUUAUUAUCGAAUAAUGCGCUGUUUUUCAAAACCCAAAACAUCAAAUUAUCUUAAUGAGAUUCAACUGGAUGAUAGAUACUUAAAUAUGAUCAACAGUGACCAACAACGUUGUUUACUUCCAUUAAAUAUUUUAAAUAGUUUGGAGUAUGAAAAUGUAUAUAAUCCGUUGCAUGAACAACCUCGACAGCAGUAUAAUGCUGCACCAACUUCUAGAAUCAAUAUUUCUACAACACGAGCCACAAUGUUACCGUUUUGUCCUAUAUUCAAUUGUGUAGAUCUUCAUUCAUCUAACGUAGGCUCAUUUUCAAGAUCUCCGUUAAAUGGCYCACCGCCUUCAUAUGAAGAGUGCAUGUUGAGUUCACGUACGACAUCUCAUAUUAUUAAUUUACCAGUGAAUUAGGAGAAUAUUAACCUAUAUCCAUGGAUACCUACGAUAUGUUAUGAAGGAAAUAAGAUUUUUAUACAACAUUAUCCGAAUUCAUAGUUGUAUGCACAGAGGAUUUGUAAAUUUUAUUUUAGAUAAWGAUAUACCUAUUACAAAUAMUAAAUU